AGAACGGACAGCUCCAGGGGCUUAGAGAACAGCAAAGGCCAAAUUGCGAAGGCGUGCCAGUCAUUCGUAGUCCUCACAAAAUGUCGCGAUUUAUCCACUGCUGCCGUCCAUGUGGCCACCAUGGACCGCAACCCCGAUUCGGAAUCUGCUCGUUGGCAAGCGGGGGCAAAGAACGACAUUGAUCCCCUUCCCCCCGCGAGGAAGAAUGAGUGACAGAAUCGAGCAGCUCUGAUCUCCCGGCCCCCAGCCACCAGCACCAGAAGCACCAGCAGCUGCAGGGGGUUAUUCGGGUGGGGGGCAAAGGGCGAGGGGGCAAGGAGGCGGAGGAGGACUCAUGGCAGUCCAGGCAUUAGCCACCGGGACGGCCCCGGCCUCUCUCUGCUCAUCACAGGCGCAGGCACUCCCAUCGGCGGCAGCGAGGGGCGAGUUCAGCAGCACCAGCAGCCUGAGAGUUCCGCGCAAGCUGCAGCAUUCCCAUCAGCGCCGGCGAUGGCGCAUCGUGGCAGCAGCGAGCGACGAGGGAAUCGUCGACGAGGACGAGAAGGGCAAGGGAAUCUUCAACUUCGUGACCGACAACGCGUCGAGCAGGGGCGCGAUUCAGCUGCCGAACACGCCGGCGCAGGAUGGCAAUCUGGGCCAGAUGAUCACGGCCAUCGAGAACAAGGGCCGCGACUACGGCGCUUACAAGCGAGCCGGGGACUACAGCUGGUGGGUCCGAACGCUGGGCGAGCCCCAAGCGCCGAAGGGCACGGUGCUUCUGCUGCACGGAGCCCCCGCGCAGUCGUACAGCUACCGCGAUGUCAUGAAGCAGCUCGCCGCGCUGGGGUACCGCGUCUACGCCCCGGACUGGCUGGGCUACGGGUUCAGCGAGAAGCCCCAACCGGGGUACGAGUUCAAGUACACGGAGGAAGCUUACCACCGCGAGCUCGACAACCUCCUGGUGCGGCUCGAGAUCGAAGCCCCGUUCUUCCUCCUCACGCAGGGCUUCAUCGUCGGCUCGUACGGGCUAACGUGGGCGCUUAACAACCCCAGCCGGGUGUCAAAGCUGGCGGUGCUUAAUACGCCGCUAACCCCCUCGGCGCCUCUGCCCAGUCUGUUCCAGCAGCUGCGAGUGCCUUUCCUCGGCGAGUUCACGUGCCAGAACGCCGUGCUGCCGGAGCGAUUCGUCGAAGGGGGCAGCCCUUACGUGCUCGAGCUCGACGAUGCCGAUGUUUACAGGCUGCCAUAUCUCGACAGCAGCGAUCCGGGCUUCUCGCUGCUCGAGUCCACGCGCAAAGCGCCCGUCAAGGACCUCACGGCGCGAAUUGCUCGAGGAUUCGCCUCCUCGAGCUGGCAAGUGCCGACCAUCGUCGCCUGGGGCGAGUCCGACAAGUACCUGCCCAAGUCGGAAGCCGAGGAAUUCGCCAAGAGCAAUCCGGAUGUGAUCAAGACCGCCAUGCUCAGUGGAGCCGGCCAUCUGCCCCAGGAAGACUGGCCCGAGAAGGUCGUCGAAGCCAUCGAUGGGUUCUUCCGCGCCUGAAUUGGAGCUGCAGGCGAGUAAGAAUUUUUGUAAGUAUGUAUUUUUUAGUAAAUUCUGUAGCGAUUCGCUCCCCCUGAGUUGUACCAUUAGAAUUCGUCGACCUCUUGCUCGAUGGAGCCCAACUUUUGGUUCAUCAAUGCCUGCCUGGCCUUCGCUAUGAACCGGCAUCGUGCGUUGUGAGCUGAGGCCUUGCCCAUUGCGUCCAUUGGCCCUUCCAUCCUCGUCUCGCAGCUGCAAUCAGAGUUCAGAGCCGUGUCUGAUUGUCUUAAGAACCUUCUUGUAGUGCUCUGGCUGCUCGUGAGCAUUUGUGCAGUAAUAUUUUUGCAGGCAGUCUGAGAUUGUAGAAAUUUCUGAAAGCAUUAACUUCAUAAGCACCAGCAAGUCACUCAAGGAUGUGGUCGACGUAGUUCCGAUCAGAUGAGGUGUGGUGUCCCUAGCCUUCGGGGUUCUCUGUUUGCCAUUCUCUGCAUCCUGUUGUGGUUUGGUGCUGAAUUCGAAGAAUUUGUGAAGGAUGUGUCGAAUUUGGUUCCUUCAAAAUUGGCGGGAGUCUCACCAGCAGAGCCAGUUGUAGCUGUUUGUGAUCCCUCGGAUGUAGUCGCACCGAUUGUAUCAUCAAAGGUUUAAGGUCAGGUUCAAGAUUCUGGGAGAGAGUACGGUGAGGCGAGGGGUCAUCUUUACCAAAAUUCAGCAGGUGUGGCACUGACAGAAUCUCAAAUGCAGGUGAAUCUCCUGGUCUUAUUUUUACAGUUUGACUUACCCACUAACACACACAACUCAGACACAAGUUCCUCGAACACAAGUACAUGUUCGAGAAACUUAUGACUGAAUUGUAUGUGCACAAUCCGCAGGUUUCUCCACAGAUGUCAUAUUCAUGCUUUUUGAUCUGGAAGUCAAGUACAGGAGGUUCUCACUCCAGUCAUUACCACUAUCUGAACCGGUUGACAUUCCUGAUUCCUAGCAAACCAAAAUUUUUCUAGUUCAGCGAGUUAGAAAACAUUCAUGUUUAUGGUUCAUGCAUUCCACAGCCAGCAGCACAGUGGAUCCCGAUGCCAAAACAGGGAAUCUAGCUCCCGGCGUGCUUCACUAGUUAGCCUAUCCAUCCAACUGCUUGUGGUACUCUUCGUGCAUUCACUCUACUGACUUUUGCUCGGAAAAACCAAAAUGAAGAUUGCGUGCCCUUUGCAUUGGAAAGGGGUUUAGACUACAGGAUGUCAUGUCGGGAGCCGAGUCUAUCUCUCGAUACCAUUUGCUUCGAAUUUAAGUGCAGGGAACCGAGUAUUCCUCAGGGCCGUCUCUGUUUUGUUCUCCAGCUUCGAAGGCCACACCCGCUUGGAAUAGCCUCCUUGAAAUUCCCGCCUCUUGGUCAUCUGUGCGAUGAUAACACUGCUCACAUUGCUUAGAAUAUAAUUCAAUCUCUUUUUUCCAAGUUUGACCAUCCCUUUCUUCUGGAAGCACAAAGAGCCUGUUCGAGACAUACUGGGUAGUAGAUUUAAUUUGAACACGAUGGUGGGGCUCGAGUAUGUAUAUAUAUAUAUAUAUAUA